UUUCCGAGUUUACCUUCGUCAGCCAGAGCAAUUGGUGGUUUUGUGUUGGCUUCAUUGGUCUAUCAUGCGGACUUUCUCAGAUCAAGGCUGCCUCCUACGCAUCCUGUUAUGCAGUCGGCUCUCUUUGCAAACUCCGCCACCGUGCGUCGACUGCAGCAGUUGUUAGCACCACCCGGAAGUCAAGACAUCACACUUACAGGAAUACCUCCUCACGUUGCGCUGCAA